UCCAAUCAGAGCGGGCGUUACUGUUGCCAGGGCCGCGAUGUGAUGGCGGUGCCGGCGGCCAGCGGCUGCUAUGUCGGGGGAGUGAGGCGUCAACUGCGGGACGGCUUCGGUCGGUAUACUUAUCCAAACAGUUUCUUUAAAUAUGAGGGAGAAUGGAAAGAUGGGAAAAAGCAUGGUCACGGAAAGUUUCUAAUGAAGGAUGGCAGUUACUACGAGGGGGAGUUAGUGAAUGGAGAAAUAGAAGGGAAUGGGGUUCGAUAUUGGGCCUCCUCAGGAAAUGAGUAUUGUGGGCAGUUCAGCCAGGGAGAGGUCCACGGAUAUGGAGUAAUGAAGUACUUUGAUGGUACCCUGUACGAGGGCGAGUUCAAUUAUGGUGCCCGUGCAGGGCAUGGAGCACUGACUGAUAAGCAGGGUCAGAUAUAUAGAGGUGCCUUCCAUAACCAUAUGAAACAUGGAGAAGGAGAGUUAUUCUACAAGAAUGGUGAUCACUACCAGGGAGACUGGGUCGUGGACCGGCAGCAGGGCCAUGGAGUGAUGAAGUAUGCAGAUGGCUCACUGUAUGAGGGACAAUGGCGAAAUGGCCUGUUUAAUGGACAAGGUUCCAUCAUUCACUGCAGCGGUAUGGUUUAUGAUGGAAUGUGGAUCAAUGGACGUCCUGCCAGUGAAGCUACUAAGCUGGUGAUUCUUGGUGAGCCAAUACAAGAACUAGUGCAACGGUCUCCAUUUACCAUUGAGGUUCAACUGCAAAAUAAUGAAGGGGAGGUGAUGGAAGCUGAAAAUGGACGACUAUUACAGAUUUGGGCCGGAGUGAAGCACAUUCAACUUUCCCCAAAUUUUAGCACCACGUCACUAGAGCUUCCAGAGGAUACGGAAGAACCACUUAUUGAAACACCAUAUGGUUACAAUGCCAUCAGCUAUCCCCUGGUGGAAUAUGUGCCAGAUUUAGACAAAAUUGCGUCAACUGAGUCUGAAAUUAUGAAAAUCAAAGAUAUCGAAGGGAGUGGUUCAAACCUGGAUUUCGGUGCAGCAACUGGAAGCGCUAAUCGCUCAUUGAAUGGUACACCAGACCCCUCAUUGGACAACAAUGGCAAAGGGACACCACAGCAGGAGGAAGGCGUUGUCUCUGAAGAGGAAGACUCCGCUCCCGUUCCGAUCAUCCAGAGAGCAGAGAGAGGUUACGCGGCAUUUCGGAACAUUGAACUUGCUCCUCCCUCACACUGUUAUCGUCCUUUCAUGAUUCUGGAUGAACUGGAGAAGAAAGCAAGCAAGAAAUCCAACAGCAAAACGCUGAGUGAGAAAGGGACAGAGUCACAAGAGAAGAUAACUGAGAGCAGAUCAGACGUUAGUAUCAAAAUAGACAGAAAACCGAAGAGUGGCACAGAGCUGCCAUCCAUCAGAUUGGGCGAAUAUGUGAUCAUGGUGACGGAUAUGACGAGCCCGCCUUUCCUGGGUCGCACUCUUCCAACCGCUUUCAAGCUCCUGAAGGUCGUACCACAGAAACCGAGCAAAACGGGCGCCAGAAAGGAGCCUCACAAAGUCCUCAGCAAGUAGACAUGCUGCUGAAGAACCCUGCGUGUCUGUAGCACCUUUUCGGUUGUUUUCGGGCCACACCCACCCACCACUUCCCUUGAUGUGUCUCCCGUCUUGUGACUUGCUUUCUCCACACGUCUGCUCCCUGACACCGUCACCCGGGACGGGCAGCCUGCGAUACUACAUCGCGUCGAACUCUCCGAGCCAGCGGGCAGAGAUUCGCAAUCCAUUCAUCUGGGUCAGGGUUGAGUCCAGUUCUGAGAAGUGAAAGGGAAUGUAUUGAACCACAGUAAACACCCUGUCCCAAAAUAGUCCCGUCUAUAAAUGGAAGCAAGAACAGAGACAGGAAAGUCCCAGUUGUAAGCGGAGGUGUCACUUCAGAGCAGAAUUGUACCAGAACAGAGUGCAAGUUUUAAUAAUAUUCUACUUCAUACCUUCCAAUAUGUCAUUGUUCAGAUUUAUUUUUGAUAAACAGGCAUUUAAAUAUUUUCACUUCCCAAAGAGCUCUAAAAGCCCCAAUUGCUUUAACCGCAGCUGUUGCUGAGAAAAGCUUAGUGUCUCGUUGAGACUUUGGUAUUUCUGAAGCAAAACAGGAUGGAAGAAAGAUAAAGCAAUUUUUUUUUGUCUCUGAGGUUUGAUAAUCUAUUUACGGAGGCUGGUGUGACGGUGCCGGUGUCUAACCUCCCCCGGUUUGGUGGCUUGUACUGCAGGUUCAGUCCCUGCACUGUGCCUGGGGAACUGCUUUCAGGGGACUCUCCAGUUGUCGCAAUGGUCCAAGCAAAGAUGAACUGCACCGUUCUUACAUUAUCCAGUCACAGUGGACGGCUAAGGACAGAGGCAACUUCAGAUGUGACCCCUCUUGAGUGAGUGCCAUUCACACUGCACCUAUUCCUUCACUGGUGGGAAGUGCAGGGUUAGGUUAAGUCGGGUUGAAUCCUAACCACGGGUGCUGUCUGUACGGAGUUUGUACCUUGACCGUGUGGGUUUUCUACGGGUGCUCCGGUUUCCUCCUACAUUCCAAAGACGGCAGAUUUAUACGUUAAUUGCCUUUGGUAAAAUAGUGAAUUGUGCAUAGUGUGUGGGAUAAUGCUAGUGCACAGGUGAUAACUUGUCGGCGUGGAUUCGCUGGGCCGAAGGGCCUGUUUCCACACUAUCUCUAAACUAAACCAAAACUAAACCAAAGCUGUGGAGAGUGAUGAGGGUGCUGCAUUUCUUGUAAUAGAUGAAGCGUGGCAGGCCUGGAAUGUGGAGGGCUCCCACUAGGCCUUCCUUGCCACCUGGUGCCUUCCGCCUCUGGUGUAUCUCCAACCUUCAACUUUCACUCUCCCUUUUUCUAAAUAAUUUCUCCCCUUCCUAAAGUUUCUUCCAGCACCCUGAUUUAUCAGCAGAUUGAUCCAAAUGUCUCUCUGUUCUCAAUCAGUACUUUAGCCUAGUGAACAACCUUUCCGAACCAGCUUUUCAGGCUGCAACUCCCUCCCUCCCUCAUCCCAUGGCCACCAAUCCCUCUCCCAAUCACACCCUCUGGGCCCAUCGUGGUGAUAUUUAAGACUUCCACUUGUGGGAUUUGCCAUUGCUUUGUCAGCCAACACUUGUUCGACAAUCUAAUUUCACUCUCUAUCUCUCCCUCCCUCUCUGUUGUCUUUCUUCAAUGUUGAUUGAAUAAAGUGCCCACUUCUUGAAGUACAA